GGUAGUGUGUGUAUGGUAGUGGUAGUGUGUGUGUGGGGGAAGGCUUGUUAGCGAGAUAAACAAGCAGCCAGCCAGCAGCACAGAGCAGUCGGAGGAACAUGGCGGCAGCACAGUCAGCUAGCAGUAUGUCUGUUUCCCCUCAACGGAAGGUCAGACCGGGUUUAACACACGGGAUUUAACACAACACAAGCGACGGCAAGUUACAAGUCACGCUGAUAUGCAGUGAGGAUGAGUGGCGUCGGUGAAAACCUCUCGGACCCUGCUGCCAGGGCCGAGUCACGGAAACGCAAAGAAUGUUCCUCUGACCUACUGGGUCCCAGCCUCAAACGAAGCAUCGAGAAGAGAAACCGUGAGCAAGAGAACAAGUACACUGAGGAUCUGGCCGAGCUGAUCUUCGCCAACUUCAACGACAUCGAUAACUUCAACGUCAAACCAGACAAAUGUGCUGUCCUGAAGGAGACUGUCAAACAGAUACGACAGAUCAAGGAGCAAGAGAAAGCAGCAGCAGCCAAUGAGGAGGAGGUACAGAAGGCGGAUAUCUCAUCAACGGGCCAAUCAGUCAUCGACAAGGAGGCUCUCGGACCAAUGAUGCUGGAGGCCCUGGACGGGUUCUUCUUCGUGGUGAAUAUGGAGGGUAACAUAGUGUUUGUGUCUGAGAAUGUGACCCAGUACCUGCUGUAUAACCAGGAGGAGCUGAUGAACACCAGCAUCUACAGCGUCCUGCACGUAGGAGACCACGCUGAGUUCAUCAAGAACCUGCUGCCCAAGAGCCUGGUGAACGGGGUGCCGUGGUCCAGUGAAGGUCCCAGGAGGAACAGUCACACGUUUAACUGUCGAAUGCUGGUCAACCCUCACAGUGACAACAGGGACGAGACCAACGACCAUGAGGGACAGCAACAGAAAUAUGAAGCCAUGCAGUGUUUCGCUGUCUCCGAACCCAAGAGCAUCAAGGAGGAGGCUGAAGACUUCCAGUCAUGUCUGAUUUGUGUGGCUCGCAGGAUGCCCAUGAAGGCGGGGCCAAUUCUUCCCGCGCACGAGAGCUUCACCACCCGCCAGGACCUGCAAGGUAAGAUCACGUCACUAGACACCAGUCUUCUGAGAGCCUCUAUGAAGCCUGGCUGGGAAGACCUGGUGAGGACAAGCAUCCAGAGGUUUCACCUACAGAACGACGGAGAGAUGUCCUUCGCCAAGAGACACCAACAAGAGGUGUUGCAUCACGGCCAGGCAUUCAGCCCCAUCUACAGGUUCUCUCUGUCAGACGGGACCAUCGUGUCGGCUCACACCAAGAGCAAGCUGGUCCGCUCCCCUGCCACCAACGAACCCCAGCUCUACAUGUCUCUACACCUGCUACAGAGGGAACAAUCAAGGUCUGAUCUGGGCCCGGGUCAAGACAUGGGGCCCGGUGGACAGGGGCCAGGGAUCAGCCACAACCCCUCCAUAACCCCUCCAACCCAGGGGACCCUCUCUGGUUUGGGCCCCCAGGGACAGGACACUACAAUCAGCUCCAACAGCACGUUCUGUUCCCCUCCUCAUGGAAGUCCAGGGUCCAGAGAACCAGGGCUCGGAGCCAUGGGGCCAGGGUCCAGAGAACCAGGGCUCGGACCCAUGGGACCAGGGUCCAGAGAACCAGGGCUCGGAGCCAUGGGGCCAGGGUCCAGAGAACCAGGGCUCGAACCCAUGGGGCCAGGGUCCAGAGAACCAGGGCUCGAACCCAUGGGGCCAGGGUCCAGAGAACCAGGGCUCGAACCCAUGGGGCCAGGGUCGGAACACAUACAGGACUAUCACUACGGCUGCCCCCCCCAGCCCAUGGGCCACUCCGGAGGGUUACAGGGAGGCAUGAACCUCCCCAUCCACCCUAACCAGCAAGGGGCUAAUUGGAGGAUGAGCAGCCCGUCUCGAAGCAGCCCUAGCCCAGCCGGAGGGCCCCAUCUGGGGCAACAGAUUUCUAUGUUGUCCCCUAGGCACAGGGCGAGUCCAGGGAUGGCAGGGAGCCCUCGCGUGGCCCCAAGCCUGCACUCGCCCUCCCCUGUGGGGAUGUGUGGGUCUGGAACAGGGGUUGCAGAAGGAGGUAGCGGUCCUGCGGCUAACAGUCAUGCUAACAGCCAUGCUAACAGUCAUGCUAACAGCCAUGCUAACAGUCAUGCUAACAGCCAUGCUAACAGUCAUGCUAACAGCCAUGCUAACAGCAAUGCUAACAGCCAUGCUAACAGUCAUGCUAACAGCCACAGCUACGGCAGUAGUUCUCUGUCGGCCCUGCAGGCUCUGAGUGAGUGUCACGGGGUCAGACAAGGCAGUGGUGGACACACACACCCUCACGGCGCAGGGGGCCAGCAUCCUCAAACACACGCCCUGGGAUCACCUGACAGGAAGACGAUGGGAUCGCCCGCUGGGAUGGCGUUGGGAUCAGGAGUCAACCCUCACACGAUGUCGAAGCUUGGCAGCGGUAAGGGAAAUGGGGACUCUUUGGGCGGAGAGCAGGAACAUGGUCAGGGUGGACAGUAUGACCAGAGACAUACAGACGGGAACGGUACCCACGGUAACCACGCUGACAUCACAGAGGAGAGGGAUGGUCUCGGCGGUGGCCCCGACGCACAGAGCCGUAGACAACGCUAUGACAACAAGGGCCACACCAAACUCCUCCAGCUUCUCACCACCAAGUCCCAACCCCUCGACACCCCUUUGUCCCCCAACGGAGGAGGGGACCCCAAGGACCCCUCGUCAGGGCUGGGGGGCCCUUACGCUCCAGGGGGCCACGCCACCUCCCUAAAGGAUAAACACAAGAUCCUUCACAGGCUGCUCCAGAACAGCACCUCUCCUGUGGACCUGGCCAAGCUCACUGCUGAGGCCACGGGCAGGGAGCUGGGGGAGCAAGGUGGGUGUGGUAACAGACAGGCGGGACACGGUACGGAGGGGAACCUCACACCCAAACAGGAGCCCCUGAGUCCCAAUAAGAAGGACAACGCCCUGCUGAGGUAUCUGAUGGAUAAAGAGGAGGGUGGGAUGAAGGCGAGGCAGGCGAAAACGGAGGGAGCAGGAGGGCAGGUGAAGACGGAGAAACAGGAUUCAGGAUACGACCGCGCUGAACAGUCUUCAGAGUUGGAUGAAAUCCUCGAUGAGCUGCAGUGUGUCCAGCCCUCCUCCCUGGACAAACAGACCAUCAUCAACGACAUACUGCACAUCACCCAGGAAACCAGCCCUGGCAACCCCAACGCCAUGGCAACACAGCAGCAGCAGAGGGGCAUGCAGCGAGGCAUGGGGCCAGGCAACUAUGGAUGUCUGGGGAGCCAGGGUCCAGGUAGGGGUUUGCCUUUGAGGAGUGUAUCCCUGGAUAUGAACAUGUCAGGGGGCCGGCCCCCAGGGCCAGUAUCCCCCAUGAGGACCCCCAGCCCCUACACACUACAGCAGCAGCAAAGCAUCUUGGGAAACCACGCCGCCAUGAUGUCCAACCAGGCCAACCUCGCAGGUCUAGUGAGGGGUCCUCGGCAGGGCAUGCAGCACCAGCAGGAGGAAGGGGGUUGGGGUCCUGAGGGCCCGGGUCAGAGCGGUUCAGCCUCGGUCCCUCCUCCUGGGGCCCCAGGUCAGCAGGGGACGAUGCACAGCCGUAUGGGGCCCAACCCUGGAGGCCCCGGGGGCCUCAUGAGACCCAGCAGUCUACCAGGACCUGCACCCAGGCAGAUGCUGCAGUCGCAGAUGAUGGCCAACGAGAUGGGCAUGCGGACCCACCAGUUCUCCCAGCAACAGGCUCCACCCAAUCAGACGGCUCCAUGGCCGGACAGCAUGAUACCAAUUGAGGCCUUCAACCAGAACAGGUCUGUGUAUGCCCCCCAGCAAGAGGAGGAGGUGUUGUGUGGGGGUCCGGGGCCCGGGGGGCAGGGGACUGGGGGUCCUGGUGAGGGGGGUUCUAGUGAUGAGGGGGCUCUCAUGUCACAGCUCUACACAGUGCUGAAGGACUUUGAUGGCCUGGAGGAGAUAGACAGAGCCCUGGGGAUACCUACUCUGAUGGGACAGGGUCAGUCUGUAGAUCAGGACCAGUUCUCUUCAGACCCGUCCAUGUUGUUGGACCAGAAGCCUCCAGUGUACGGCCAGCAGGACCCCCCACCCGGCUCCCAUCUAGCCCAGAGAGGAUACCACGACCCUGGGUCCGGCAGACCCAUGCAGGACCCCCCACCAGGCUCCCAUCUAGCCCAGAGAGGAUACCACGACCCUGGGUCCGGCAGACCCAUGCAGGACCCCCCACCAGGCUCCCAUCUAGCCCAGAGAGGAUACCACGACCCUGGGUCCGGCAGACCCGUGCAGGACCCCACAGGGCAAGGCUUCCACCCUAUGGCUGGCCAGAUGAGCCCCAGACCAGGAUACCCCAUCAUGAGGAUGCAGCAACGACCGGGGCUGAGGCCCCAAGGGGUGGUUCCUAACCAGCCUAAUACACUGAGGUUACAGCUGCAGCACCGGUUACAGAACCGCCAGCCAAUGAUGAUCCAGAUGAGUGGAGUGUCCAAUAUGAACCCAACUUUACAGUCCAACAACCCCAACCAGGGGACCAUCAAUGCUCAGAUGUUAGCCCAGCGUCAGCGUGAGCUGCUCAGUAACCACCUCAGACAGCGCCAGCUGGAGCACCAGAGACAACAACAACAACAGAGGAACAUGGUGAUGAGAGCCCAGGGACUCAACCUACCUCCCAAUAUGGCCGCCGCCAACAUGGCUGCUGCAAGUGGCCAAUCAGGAGAGCUGAGUAACCCCCGGAUCCCCCAGACCACCAACCCUCAGCAGUUCCCCUUCCCACCCAGCUACGGUAUGUCCCAGCAGCCUGACGGAGGGUUUGGAGGACCCACCACGCCCCAGAGUCCCCUGCUGUCCCCCGGGAUGGCCCACACCCAGUCUCCCAUAAUGCAACAGCAGGGCCAGGGCUUGCCUGACAUAAACGGUUGGCCCCCGCAGGGGAACAUGGGAGGGAACAGUAUGUUCAGUACUCAGCAGUCUCCGCCCCAGUUCACCCAGCAGCAGCAGACUAACGGGGGCGCGGCCAUGUACAACGGCAACGGAAUGAACCACAACGUCUCCAUGGCAACCAACGCCAGCAUGGGACAGAUGGACAUCACCUCACCUGAGAUCACCUCCAUGGGACAAGAACCGAAAUACUGCUAACCCUGGUGGAGCGUUCAGCCAACCAGCACCUUGAUGCUAAUACCCAGGAUCCAAUGAGCUCGCUGGUUCAUCUUCAACCAAUCAACCAACGGCUCUUUGAAUGGACCUGGCAGUGUCCUGACCCAGCUCUACCCAGCCCAACCCGAUCUCCAACCUCACCCACCUGGCAUAAACUGUGCCUCUUAUCUGCCCCUACUGGGAGGCCCAGGGGAGAAGGG